AUGGGUUCAAGGCAAAGAUAUCAGAUGCCUGUACUUGAAAUCGAUUUAAAUAAUUCAUGGGCAGAUUCUAACAUUCAUAGUGAAGAGGCUCAAGAAGCUGCUACAGAGGAAUUGCAAUAUCAAUUGCCAGAUCUUAAUUGCAUUAUUGAAGAAGGUUUUGUUCUUGACUUUGACCUUAAACAAAGUCCUCCAACAACUACGAUAUCCUCAAGUCAAUUCCUUUUUGACUUGAACAAAGAGCCAUGUGCAGAAGAUGAAACAGAAGCAAAUCUCGAAGUGAUAGAAUUGGCGGAACCAAAGUUGAAUGCUGAUAACAAUGUCAGUGAUGACAAUCCAAAUUUAGAAGUGGUAGAAGCACAAAGUGGUGGUCGCACAAGGAAACUUAAAACUUUGACCAAUGAAGAACGCAAAAGAAUACAUUGUGCUUUGUUGAAACAAAGUGUUGCUGGAAAAGUGUUACUUGCCAUCAAAGCAAAGUGGCCAAGAGAUGAUCUAAGGCAGCCAAUAUUUAUUCAACAAGAUAAUGCAAGAACUCACAUUGGCAUUGAUGAUGCUGAUUUUUGUCGAGCAGCUACAGAAGAUGGGUUUGAUAUUCGUUUGAUGUAUCAACCAGCAAAUUCUCUGGAUUUAAAUGUCUUAGAUUUUGGGUUCUUUCAUGCAAUUCAGUCAUUACAACACAAGGAAGCACCUACAACAAUUGAUGAGCUUGUUAAUGCUAUUGUGAAGUCAUUUGAAGCUUUCUCCACUGUGGAAUUUGACAAAAUGUUCUUAACACUUCAGACAUGCAUGAUAGAAAUCAUGAAGGCAAAAGGUUCCAACAAAUAUAAGAUCCCACAUAGUAAGAAAGCAGUGCUAGAAAGAUGUGGCCGACUCCCUACUCGGAUGAAAUGUAAUCCCACAUUAGUGCAAGAAGUUCUUGAUUAUUUAAGUUUUUGA